CAAUCCAGAAUUUGCGCCAAGAUUAGCGUUUUCUUGAAAAAAUAACUAAAAUGGAUGUGCUAUCUAAGUCUUCUAACUCCGACAACGAGGAGAAUGAUUCCUUCCACUCUUUCAAUUCGAGUGCCAAGUCUUGGGAUAGUCUAAGUUCUUCCCUUAAAUCCGACGAUGGCUUCACUGACGUCGAGAACAUGAAGGAGCAUGAGACUUCGCAGGAAAUUUUGGAGGAUUCGGCUUGUGAUCCUGAUACCUCGAUUGAGAUCCUUCAGCCCAAGGCUUUGAAAGCUUUUCCCAAGCCCCUACCAGAUGAUCAAGGCAGCGUGUCCACCGAUGCUGACAACACCACUGUCCCCGAAGCGGUGUGUCCGACCAUCAAGAAAGCCGUGCUCAAGCCCGUGUCCCCUUGGACUGUGCCAAAGAUGUCGCAAGUGAUGCCUAACCCUGCUAUCUUUAAUUUGGAUAGUUCGGACCUCAAGGAUCACAUUGACUCGACAUCGGAUGAGAAGGAGAAGCAGCAGAAAUUCGCCUUUACCGAGAUUUGGGUGGACACACAGCAAAUUCUCCCAAAGCCCAAGCAGUCGCCGCUGAAGGACUUCAACAAUGCCCUGGAAGACUAUUUCAAUGAGGCUGAGCCUCUUAAAGUGGAGGAUCUAGGCUGCAAGACUCCAUCCAGGGCUUCUAGCGUAGAUGAUGUCUUUUAUACACCUAAGUCGACUGCACAUGACGCUCCUACAGUGCCCCAGUUGGAGGAGGAAUAUGUUUCCCCACUCCCGCCGACAGUGCCAACCAUUGCUGUAAAGUCUCCUCUAUUAAAGGAAACCAAGAAGACUAUCACCUUGCCAGCCGGCUACGAUUUAAGCAACCUUGUCAAGUACAAAAAUCCGAAUCACUGGGCCAUUCGUCCCCAUGUUAAGACAGGAAAACAUUAUCCAUAUUAACUAAAAUUUAGUUACUAAACCGUUCACAAAUAUGUAUAAUCAUUCAUUAUAUUAUUUGCAGAAAUAAAGGACUUAAAAGUUUAAACAUAAA